UUCCUGGGCGGGUCCGGGGCACAGAGCCUUGGGGGCAAGGUCCUGUGCGCUCGGCCCGCGCUCGGCCAUGGGACCCACGGCGCAGACGGCACGCGCCGCGCCCGCCACCAGGUGCCCCAGGGACUCUAAGCCGGUUCUGCUCAUUGUGUGUUUGCUUCUGAGGACUUGCCAAUUAAAAGCAGCCGAUGCCUUUAAGCCAAACAUCCUACUGAUAAUGGCAGAUGAUCUGGGCAUUGGGGACCUUGGUUGCUAUGGGAACGGUACACUGAGGACGCCCAAUAUCGACCGGCUUGCCGAGGAAGGCGUGAGGCUCACCCAGCACCUGGCGGCCGCCCCCCUCUGCACCCCGAGCAGAGCUGCGUUUCUCACGGGGAGACACUCCUUCAGAUCAGGCAUGGAAGCCAGUGAUGGAUACCGGGCACUCCAGUGGAACGGUGGCUCAGGCGGACUCCCUCAGAAUGAAACCACGUUUGCCAGAAUCCUGCAGCAGCAAGGUUAUGCAACGGGCCUCAUAGGAAAAUGGCACCAGGGUGUGAAUUGUGAAUCCCGCACCGACCACUGCCACCACCCACUCACCCACGGAUUUGACUAUUUUUUCGGCAUGCCUUUCACGCUCGUGAAUGACUGCCACCCAGACAGGCCCCCGGAAGUGGACGCCGCCACGCGAGCGAAACUCGGGCGUUACACCCAGAUGCUGGCCCUGGCGAUACUGACCGUUGCGGCCGGCAAGACCUGCGGGUUACUCUCCGUGUCCUGGAAAGCGGUCAUGGGCGCGGCCAACCUCAUCUUCCUCUUUUUCGUCUCCUGGUACGCCAGCUUUGGGUUCGUGCGCCGCUGGAAUUGUAUCCUGAUGAGAAACCAUGAUGUCACAGAGCAGCCCAUGGUUUUGGAAAGGACGACCAGUCUCAUGCUAAAGGAAGCAGUUUCCUACAUUGAAAGAAAUAAGCACGGACCGUUCCUGCUGUUCUUUUCCUUGCUGCACGUACACAUCCCCCUUGUAACCACAAAAAAGUUUCUUGGGAAAAGCCAGCACGGCUUAUAUGGUGACAACGUGGAGGAGAUGGACUGGCUUGUAGGUGAAAUUCUUAAUGCUAUCGAAGAGAAUGGUUUGAAAAACACGACAUUCACGUAUUUUACCUCAGACCACGGAGGGCAUUUGGAGGCAAGAGAUGAACAUGGCCAGCUCGGGGGAUGGAAUGGAAUAUACAGAGGUGGCAAAGGCAUGGGCGGCUGGGAAGGCGGGAUCCGCGUCCCUGGGAUAUUCCGGUGGCCCGGGGUGCUGGCGGCCGGCCGAGUGAUCCGUGAGCCCACCAGCCUGAUGGAUGUUUUCCCCACCGUGGUCCAGCUGGGGGGUGGCCAGAUACCCCAGGACAGGGUGAUCGAUGGCCGUAGCCUGGUGCCCUUGCUGCGGGGAGCUGCUGAGCGCUCGGAGCACGAGUUCCUGUUUCAUUACUGUGGGACAUACCUCCACGCCGUGCGCUGGCAUGACAAGGACCGAGGAAGACUCUGGAAGGUCCAUUACACGACGCCACGGUUCCACCCCGAGGGAGCGGGCGCCUGCUACGGCCGGGGCGUGUGCCCCUGCUCCGGGGAGGGCGUGACCCAGCACCGCCCCCCGUUGCUCUUUGACCUCUCCAGGGACCCUUCCGAGGCACAGCCUCUGACUCCGGGCUCUGAGCCUCUGUACCACGCGGUGGUGGCCAGGGUGGGCGAGGCGGUGGUGGAGCACAGGGAGACCCUCAGUCCUGCGCCCCCACAGUUGUCGCUGGGUAACAUCGUGUGGAAGCCAUGGCUGCAGCCGUGCUGCGGAACCUUCCCCUUCUGCUCCUGUGACCAGGACGGAGACCACAGUGAGACGUGACCUCAUGCUAGUUGGAAGACUGUCAUCAAAAAGACAGCACAUAAUGCAUAUUGAUCAGGAUGUGGGGAAAAGGGAACCCUUGUGUGCUGCUGGUGGGAAUGUAAGUUGGUGCAGCCACCGUGGAAAACAGUAUGGACAUUUCUCAAAAAAUUAAAAAUAGAAAUACUAUACAGUCCAGCUAUCCCACUACUGGGUAUUUAUCCAAAGAACUUGAAAUCCACAAUUCAAAGAGGCUUAUGCACCCUUAUGUUCAUGGCAGCAUUAUUCACAGUAACCAAGAUGUGGAAGCAACGCAACUGCCCAUCAACUGAUGAUUGGAUAAAGAAGAUGUGGUACACUAUGGAAUACUACUCAGCCUUAAAAAAGACAAAAUCAUCCCAUUUGCAACAACAUGGAUGGACCUCAAGGGUAUGAUGUUAAGUGAAAUAAGCCAGACAGAGAAAGACAAACACUAUGAUUUCACUCAUAUGUGAAAGAUAAACAAACAUAUGAACAAAGAGAAGAGAUUAGUGGUU